AAGGGGCGGGCCUUUUCCGGGAAGAUGCCGUCCGCGUUCUCCGUCAGCGCUUUCCCCGUCAGCAUUCCCUCCGUGAUCCUGCAGACAGAUUGGACCGAACCAUGGCUAAUAGGACUCGUCGCCUUCCACAUCUUCUGCCUGCUGCUCACUUGUUUCUCAUCUCAAAGGUAUAAAUUACAGAUUGGACAUUUCUUUUGCUUAGUAAUUUUGGUCUACUGUGCUGAAUAUAUUAAUGAAGCGGCUGCAAUGAACUGGAGGUUGUUUUCAAAAUACCAGUAUUUUGAUUCAAGAGGGAUGUUCAUUUCUAUAGUAUUUUCAACACCACUGUUAUUCAAUGCCAUGGUCAUCGUGAUUAUGUGGGUAAAAAAGACUUUAAAUGUAAUGGCUGAACUGAAGAAUUUACAAGAGAAAAGAAAGGAAAAGAGAAGGAGAAGAAAGGAAGAAUAAAGCAGUGACUUUGGAUCUCUCAUGUUCUGUGUUUGUUUUUGAGGUGAUAGGACGGGGUACCUGCACUGCACAUCUCCCAGGUCCAGGUCACCAGGUCUGUGUUCCCUGGAGCAGCUGGUGGAUUCAAACUGUCCCCCCUUCAGUAAGUAGCCACGCCCUUAACCCUGACCCACCAGGCUUCCUCCUGUGAGGCUGUCUCUGCCAGUGUCUACACAGACUUGGCUCUUUGAAAUAAAUAAAGAUGGAGGCUGCUUUGCUUUUAAAUGAUAAAAUGUUCAACUCAAUAAGUAAUGUCACUGAAAGGUACGUGCAGUACGUACUGCAGGAAUGUUUUGUUGUGUAUUUUCUUGGCAACAAUAAAUAAAUAUGCAUAUAUAUGUAUAUAUAUAUAUACAGAUAUAAUGAAGGCAUAAUUCAGCAUUUCACAGGGAAGAUUAUGCAGAAUUAGCUCUUCGAUCUUAUUUUUUAGGAUAUAAAACAAUACAGAAAUAUUUAAUGAAUAUUUUAGCUACCUUAAUCAACAGAUUUUAUGAGCAAUAUGAAGAUGGAUUGCAUUCCUUCCUGUUAACUUCCCUGCUCAAUAGAAGAGACAUAAUAUUACUUUUAAUAUCUAUUUUAUAAAAUAGCUUAUAAAAUAUGCUCAAUAGAAGAGACAUAAUAUUACCUUUAAUAUCUAUUUUAUAAAAUAGCUUACAUAUAAAAUAGCUUUUUGUCCAAAUCUGGAGCUAUAACUAAAGACUGACAACUCCAAUUGUUUUUAAUGUUCCAUAAGAAAAAACUUACUGUUUAUUACUUUUAGUUUUUGCUUUUGUUUCAUAAUAGUAGGGUGUCCUCCAACAGCUUCUGUCAUUGCUGUAAAAGGGAGUACAUUUUUUUAGGCGGUGUUCUCUAAAUUCAGGUGGGAUGGACUCAAGGUUGUAUUUGGCUCCCUUGAACUUUUACUUUUCUUCAGCUUUCACCUGAAGUUACACCUGAGGAAUUGGCGGUCUGUUCUAUCGUCAGCCCCCGGCAGGGUUUUAGCUGCUGACACUGAGCUUCUCCAGUUUCCGUUCCCACUGAUGUCGUCAGUUUGAUUUCUACAGACACCAUCAUCUGGAGAAGUCCAUGUGCAUAGCUGCCCUUUGUGUUACUGAAAAAGGUCGCUGUGAUGAAUAAGUCAUCAGUCUUGCAAAAUUCUAUCAUGUGAUCGCCAGCUUUUUUUCUAUUAUCAAUGCAUCUUGAUUGCUUGUAUGAUCAGUAUCAGACUGAAAACAUUGGUAAAAUUGCUCAAUUUCUUCAUCACUUGCUUUUGUGAUUGGUUCUUAAAUUUGAAUGAUGUGUUCAUUUGAUUUCCUUGAAGGAGGAUAGAUAUAAUCCUGGCACUUACAACACUGUACUUCGUCAUUGACUUUGCAAUGUUCUUUUUGAUAAUAAAUGCCAUGCCAUUCUU